AUGGAUGAAGAUAUGGGGGGAGGCGAGGGGGUUGCCAGCAGUGAUGAUGUCAAUGAUAUCAGCAGUGCGGCCCAUGAAGUGCUUAGUACUGGUAUCAGUUCCAGUACAGCCGAGGCUGGAGCAGACAUUUCCAGCAGUGGACAAACUGAGGCAGCUUUAAUCUCGUCGACUGCAAAUGGUCCGGCUGCGCUUCAUUCAUUCUCGAUACUUCCACAACCACAGCAAACUAAUGAAUUCAGUGACGCCGACACUUCGGAAAUGGAAGGCGCAGCAGACACGAUGCCAACAGUGAGCGAGUCUAUGCCAAUUCUUACCAUGACGGCAAAUGGCGCGGCAUUGUUAUCCCCCAAUCUCUUGCAAGGUGAGGAAGGUGGCGCGGGCGUGUCGUCGUCGGUGGCAGGAGAGGAGGGUGCAGAGGGUGCGGAGGGCGCCGAGGGCGCGGAGGCCGCUGCGGGCGCGGGCGCAGCGGUCGCGGGCGCGGCAGAGGGCGAAGGCGCGGUCAGCAGCUCGGUGGCGGGCGCGGCGCCGCCGCUACCGCCCGCCGACGCCGCGCACGCGCUCGCCACGCUCGCCUCCGCCGCGCUGCACCACCAACAAGACCAGCCUGAGCAAGAAGAGCAAAAAAUCCAGAACGACGAAGAUGCAUGGUACACCGUUGGUAUCGUGAAAGGCACCACUUUUACGGUUCAAAAUUAUAUUUCCGACCCCAAUGUUGAUCUUUCUAAUCUAUCACUUGACAAUUUACCGGAUCUAAGUGGACUUCCGGUGACACCACUGGAACAUGGCACAGCAUAUAAAUUCAGAAUUGCUGCUAUUAACUCUUGUGGGCGCGGCGAAUUCAGUGAAGAAUCUGCAUUUAAAACGUGUUUGCCCGGUUUUCCGGGCGCACCGUCAGCGAUAAAGAUAUCGAAGUCUGUCGAGGGCGCACACCUCUCGUGGGAGCCGCCGCAAGUCGCUGCUGAAGGGAUUUUCGAAUAUUCUGUUUACCUCGCCGUACGCUCGAAUACUCAGCCUAAGGAGGCGGCGAAGUCGCAGCUGGCGUUCGUGCGCGUGUACUGCGGCAAGGCCAACACGUGCGUGGUGCCGGCCGCGUCGCUGGGCUCGGCGCACGUGGACUCGUCCACCAAGCCCGCCAUCAUCUUCCGCAUCGCCGCGCGCAACGACAAGGGCUACGGGCCCGCCACGCAAGUCAGGUGGCUGCAAGAUAUCAAGUCUACAGGAGUAAAAAGAACGGGCGACGGUCGGUUACCAGGCGCGUCACCCUCCAAGCAACCCAAACAAAUACUGCAUUGA